GCCGCGGGCGGCUGCGGCGUGGCGCAGUUCGCGUGCCGCAGCGGCGCCUGCGUGCGCCUGGACGCGUACUGCGACGGCGAGGCGCAGUGCGCGGACGGCAGCGACGAGCCGGCGCACUGCACCGUGUGCAACCGCACGUACUACGGGCGCGUGGGCGUGGCGUACGCGCUGGCGGUGCGCUCGGCGCCGCGCGCGCCCUUCCUGUGCCACCUGACGUUCACGGCGGGUGGCGCGGCGCACGGCGACCUGGUGCAGCUGGCCUUCGACGAGUUCCGCGUGGGGCGCUACGAGCCGGGCGCACUGGACGGCUGCCCCGACGGGUACAUGCAGCUGUCGGAGCUGGGCCGCCCCUUCACCGGCGGCUCGUGGUGCGGCGAGGCGGACGGCGCCGCGCUCUACUACAGCGAGACCGCCACCGUCACCGUCUCCGUCAAGCUGUUCCGCGCGAGGCUCGGCGAGUCCUUCGGCUUUCGGUUGCGUUACAAGUUCUUGGCCCAACGGGAUGCCGUCGUCAGGUUCGGCGCGAUGGAGGCACCGCUGGAGCGAGGCGCGGUGUCGCCGGGCACCUACUGCACGCGCACCUACGAGGAGUGCCACCGCAAGCCCUGCCGCCUGCAGAGCCCCAACUACCCCGGGAUGUACCCCAGGAACGUCACCUGCUACUGGAGUCUGCGUCAGAAGGAUAUUCCUACGUGUAAGCACGCGAUGAUCUCUGUGCGACAAGAAUAUUCGCACAAAAUGCAAAUCAAGCGUUCGAUAUCAAUGGCGAGCCUCAACAAGACGGGGCGCGUGGUCCGCGCGUGGCGCGAGUGCACGGGCGAGCGCGACCGCCUCAUCUUCUACGACGGCGCGUCCACGGACGACCCGGUGCUGGUGGAAUACUGCGGCGGCGACUGGCUGCCGCGCGUCACGUCCCGCGGCCCCGAGAUGCUGGUGGCCUUCCACUCGUCGCCCUUCAGCGCGCCGCUGCGCCCCCCCGCGCCCGCCGCCCCACUGCGCGGCUUCGAGCUCGACGUCGACGUCGUGUUCGCCGACUCCGACUCGCUCGACUACGCAAGAGAGGCGCGUCGUUGCGAGUUUCAUGUGAAAGCAUCUUCUUCUGAGGAGGAAACGAACUCAACAGCGGCGGGCAGCGGGCGCGGCCGGCGCGGCAAGCUGCGAGCGCCCGCACACACGCUGCCUCCCAACACCACCUGCACCUGGACCUUCCACGGCCGCCCAGGUGAUCUCGUGUGGAUCUACUUCUCGAGCUUCACGCAAUACUCGCUAGUGGAGCCUCGGCGUGCUGAGAGCGGCGAGCGCGACGAGGAGAGCGGCGCCACCCCACGCACCGCGCUCGCGGCCGCCGUCGCCCGCGCGCGGCCGGCGCUGGGCGGGGCCGCCGGCGCCUGCGCCGUGGAGCUGCGCAUCUGGGAUGGCGGCGGGGCGGAGGAGGCGGGCGCGCGCGCGUUGGGCCGCUACUGCGACACGGCGCCGGCGCUGUGCGCUCGCGCCGCGCUCGCCAACGCCACGCGCUCGCCGCGUCCCUGCGCUCCCCCUGAUGGCUACGUGUCAGCCGCGCCACUGCUGUCCAUGGCGGCUACCUCGCUCCCCGGCACUGCUACUCAUCCACUUGAAUUCGCUCUCCAUUAUGAAUUUGUGGAUGCGCGGCUGGAGGGCGUGCCGCUGGCGGACGACGGGCGGCGGGCGCGGUCGGUGCCGCGCGAGUGCGCGCGCCUGCUGAGCGUGCCGGGCGCGUUCGCGUCGCCGCGCAACGCGCUGUGGUUCGGGCGCGGCGGCGCGCGGCGGCUGCGCUGCGUGUACCGGCUGCAGGCGGAGGGCGCGCGCGUGGCGCUGGAGCUGCAGGCCGCGGUGUUCGGGCGCGAGCCGCGCUGCAGCACGCGCGCCGACCCGCUCACCGGCCGCCUCGUGUGCGCGCCCGACCCGCCCGAGCCGCGCCCGGACGACGCCGACCUCGCUGACGACUCGCUCCUCGACUUCGACGGCGAGGACGAUGCUCCGCUGCGAGUUCCGCAUCUACGAAUCUAUGAAUCCCCUUGGCCCGGAUACAGAGUGCCGGUGGCGUGCGUGUGCGACAACAGCAGCGCGCCGCUGCGCGUGGUGUCGGGCGGGCCGGCGCUGGAGCUGGAGCUGGUGGCGCGCGCGCUGCUGCCGGGCGAGGACCAGCGCCACGUGCACUUCCGCGGCGCCUGGGAGCGCGCGCCCGCACCCGCGCACUGCGCCGCGCGCCGCCGCCUGCAGCCGCCCGGCACCAGGGUGCAGCUCGUCUACCCUUACAGUGGCAACAGAAUGUCGGAGUGCGGUGAGACACCGUUUCUCCUGGAGGCGAGGGGCAACCGCUCGGUGUUCCUGCGCGUGUGGGGCGAGGAGCUGCCGCUGACGGGCGCGGGGGCGGCGGGCGAGGCGCCGCCGUGCGCCACCAGCAACCGCGUGCUGGUGUACGAGGCGGCGUCGCGGCGCCUGGUGCGCGCGCUGUGCCCGGGCGGGCCGCACGCCGUGCAGCUGUUCUCGGGCUCGUGGUGGGGGCGCGGCGCGGGCGCGCUGCUGGUGGUGUGGGCGGCGCGCGAGCCGGGCCGCGCGCGCUUCGCGUGGAUGGAGGUGUGGCGCGCGGGGCCGGCGCCGCGGGCGCUGCAGCCGGGCGAGGCGUGGCCCAACGCCAGCGCGGCCUGUGCUCACCCGUGCGCGGCGCUGGGCGCGUGCAUGGCGCGCGCGCUGUGGUGCGACGGCGAGAGCGACUGCCCGGGCGGCGGCGACGAGGCGGGCGCGUGCGGCGCGGGCGCGCGGCUGCUGGCGGCGCUGGGCGCGCCGGCGGCGGCGGGCGCGGUGGCGGCGGCGGCGGCGGGCGCGGCGGCGCUGGCGCUGCUGCUGGCGCUGCGGCGGCGGCGGCGCGCGGGCGCGGACAAGCAGCUGCUGGGCGCGCUGGCGGCGGGCCGGCGCCUCACGGAGGAGCUGCUGUUCGACGCGUCGCGCGCGUCGUCGGCGGCGUCGUCCUGACGGCGCGAGCGCUCCGUCGAGUACAUCCACGUGGACCGCGAGACCACGGUGUGACGGAGCGCUGCCGGACGUUGCGCGGGCGCUGCUCGCUGUGUGAUACUGUGCACUGGUUCUCCUGUUCGGUUGUUCGGUUUGGUUGGUUGUGUUGCGGUCGCUCGGUGCGGACGUGUGACGUGUCGCGUGUGACAGGGCGGACAUCGCUGGGUUGUGAGGGUUGGUCCGCCGCACUGGUGGCCGCGGUACUAUAGUACGGUUGCGUUGUGAGCGGGACUCAAUCGUGCCAUGUGCGCAAGCGCACGGACGAGGUUCUCCUUCACGUGUAUAUUGAUUUGAGUUGACAUAUAUUUUAUUGACGAACUGUCCCGUCCCUCGUUUCACUUAAGUUAUGAAGCUAAAAUAAACACAUAGUUCAAAUCUAAGAACAUAAA